CACAAACCAGACUUAAUUCCACAUUCCAUCGACAAACAUAGACAAAAAUGGUCUUCCAGUACAAACGCGUUCUCCUCGUCGGUGCCACCGCUGGCAUCGGCGCUGCCAUGGCAGACAAGCUCAUUGAAGAAGGAUCCAAUGUCAUCGCUGUUGGCCGUCGCCAGGAGCGGCUUGAUGCCUUUGUUGCCAAGCACGGCGCAGAGCGUGCCAGCGGCAUUAGAUUUGAUGUCACCGACAGGGCUGGUCUCGACGCUUUUGUCAACAAGGUUGUCCAGACAUACCCCGACUUGGACUGCGUCUUCCUCAACUCAGGCAUUCAGACCCAGACCAAACUUACUCGCCCAGAAGAAAUUGAUCUCGACGCUUUCCACCACGAAUUCAACGUCAACUACACGUCAAUCGUGAACCUCACCAUCAAGUUUCUGCCUCACCUCCUGAAGAAGGAUUACCCCACCAGCGUAAUCGUCACAGGGUCGAUCCUGGGCCUGAUUCCCGCCUUUGUCAUGCCGGCAUACAGCGCGUCCAAGGCUGCUCUCCGCUCCUUUUUUGAAUCUCUUCGACGACAGAACCAAGGCUUCUCAAAGGUCAAGUUUAUUGAGCUUUUGCCUCCCGCUGUGCAAACUGAACUUCAUGAUUACAUGGGUGUUGAACGCGGCCGAGCUCUAGGCAUGCCCAUCGACGAGUUCACCGAGAAAGCGUACGCUCAGCUUGCGGCAGGCGAGGAGGUAAUCAUCAUCGGAAACCUUCACGGCUCUACCCCUGAGGGUACGCGGGAGUUCUUUGAGAAGAGAGACGGGCUGUUCAAUGCUAUUUCUAGCGCUUUGUCAGUUCAUUUCCAGCCCUAAGGAGAUGGAGGUUGGACAGUUUAUACAAGAUAUUUAAGAGCAAGCGAACAAUGAAUAUGUAUUAAAGAGAAA